CGUUAACAAAACUGUAUGUCAGAACACGACUUUUCAUUCGUAUGCGGUUCCUCAAUACGAAGCAUAAAAUGCAGAAAGCAGCACAGAAGCGGAAAUCAAGACAGUGGCACUCUUCUUCUACUGCAAACAUCUAAACAGAGAACCAUGUCUCAGCAACCAGAAUCUAGCUUGAAGACAGCUGAUGACCUGCCAGAUACUGUGCUACUCAAAAUCCUUUCGUAUCUGCCAUCGGAGUAUCUGGUGCAUUUUGCAAGCAGAAUAUGCAGUCGAUGGCAGACACUUUGUGGAGAUUACAGUGUUUGGCAAGGGAAAGAAUAUGUGGUAACGGACAUUGGUAUAACGAGAGAGGAUUCAGAAGUAGCAUGUGCUCUGCAGCAGUGUCCAGGUGUGCGACAUGUAAAAUUCCUGCGCCAAGUGAAACCAUCUGUCUUGCAAGCCGUUGGCUUUGAUGGGAUGCUUCAAACACUUGUCUUUCAUCCUGCACAGCAGAUAUCAACAGAAGUGUUACAUCAGUUAUUUGAGCGCUGCCCUCACAUUGUUGCUCUUGGUGUACCAUCUGAUGUUUUGAAGCGGUCUGAUUGUGCACAACUUGUGGCUAGCCUAGAAUGCUUGCAGCAACUGGCUGUGAAAGCAGAGAAUCGAGCUGGUUUAAACUUAGGGGUGCUAAGUGAGGGUUGUCCACACAUCACAGAUGUUGAUGCUAUGGAAGUUGUGUGCAAUCCGGUGUCACUUACAUCUUUCUUAAAAAAGAAGGGUAGUCAGUUGCAUGCACUGUCAUUGUGUGGUAUGACCACCAAUGGGGAAUCAGUCUUGCCCCUACUGGAACCAUGCCACACAAACCUCAAGAAAUUAUGCAUUACUCUGGAGAAGGCAAGGGCAAAAGGAUUUUCCAGCACACUGCCACUGCUUGGAAGGUUUGAAGCAAUUGUAGAGCUUAAAUUACUGGAGGUACCUGGAAAAGUGUCAAAUGAAUUGACAGAAGCAUUUUCUGGGAAUGGACUACGUCAUUUAAAAUCUGCUUGCUUCAGAGAUAUGCAUGGAUUGAGAGGGGCAUCACUUGCGGCACUCCUCCGUGAUCGACCAGAACUGCAACAUCUGGACAUUAGUGGGUGCAUGCAGAUUGAGGAUUCAGAUCUGGUUAUUGCUUUGAGUGCCACAGAACCAGACCCCUUACCACUACUUUCGAUAAAUCUCUCUUCUUGUGGCAAACUGACAGACACUUCUCUCAUUGAGGUGGUGCAGAGAUGCCCAAAAUUACAAGAACUGCACUUAUGUGCCUGCCUUACCUUGAAAGAAAAGGCACUUCAUCCUGUAGCUGGAUUGACUGAUUUGCGAGUACUAGAUGUGUCAAGAUGUUACAACAUCAAGGAAUGGUGGAAGCCACUGCUGGAGCUUCAUCAAUUAAGAUGGAUCAAUGUAAGCUAUUUGACUGUUGUUCCUGACCGCUUAGAACAGAUUAUCAAGCAAAAUAAAUUCCUACGCUACAUAGGACUGCAGUUUUGCAAUGGAUUUGAUGAGAUAACAUGUGAAAGAGUGCUUAAGGCAAAUCCACAAUUGGAGCUCAACUAUGAUACUGAAUACAUUAAGCAGAAGUGGCAGCAGCCAAAUGAAUUAACUCUUUCAUUAUUGGAUUGAUGCAAUCCAUGAAUUCUAAAAGCGAUCCAAAGUUGGUUCUUAUUAAGAAUGAUGUCAGUAUUAUCUGUCAAGUUCAUGAACAAUAAAAAUGAAUUAUUAUUACCGAAUAUUCAUAGAAAUUUAUGUGACAUUCCCAUACACUAAUUAAUGGGCUGUGUGUGAAAGCAAGGACUGAAAUUGAGUAGUGAGCCAUUAUGUUUGUAUUGUCUUUUUUUGUAAUGGAAAUAAAAAUAUGUCUGUUGCUUGUCUAUA